AUGGAUCCUUUAGCUGGGUGUUAUCAGUUUCUGACAUCACCUCAUGUAAAGGCAUGGCUAGAGAAGCAGCUAAACGAGCUAGUGAUCAUUCACCUGAAGUUGUAUGAAGCAAGAGUUCAGGAACUAAAAGAAGGUGUUCAGAAGCUUGAGAAAGCUAGGAUUGAAGUUCAACAUAAAGUUGAUGAAGAAGAAGAUCGAUAUGGAAGAGACAUUCCUGUUGAUGUAAAAGAAUGGAUAGAAAGGGUGGAUAAAAUAAUUUCUGAAUGUAAGAAGUUCAAUGGCGACAAACGCCAUGAACUUGCUGUGUUUGAUAGCGGUUACCUUCCUAAACCAGGGAUAAGGUAUCGUCUAAGUAGAGAAGCAUAUAAUAUUACAAGGAAGGUUAAUAGACUAUUGCAAACAUAUAAGCAUAAUGUCAUUUCUUAUUGGCUUGGACCACCUUCCAUAGCUGCCUUUUUAACCAACAUUGGUUAUGAAAGCUUUUCAUCGAGAGAUGAAACUAUUAAAAAGAUUAAUGCAGCAUUGAAAAAUCCAAGCAUUAGAAUAAUUGGAGUUCAUGGGUGGAGUGGUGUGGGCAAGACAACUUUGGUUAAGGAAGUAGCUAAGGAAGCCUUGCAAAACUUAGAAGCUAAGAUGUUCGAAGUGGUGAUCAUGGCAAAUGCAACAAGAAAUCCUGACAUUAGAAAAAUUCAAGGACAAAUUGCUGACAUGUUGGGGAUGGCAUUGGAUGAGGAAAGUGACAUUGCAAGAGCUGCUCGAAUUCGGAACAGGUUAAAGAAUGAGAAGAAGAGCACACUCAUAAUCUUAGAUGAUCUUUGGUCAAAAGUAGACUUUAAUAUGCUGGGGAUUCCGUUUGAGAAUGAUAAUAUUGUCAAAGAAGGAAAAUUGAAAUAUAAUACAUCUGAGGAUUACAAUUUUGUCAGAGAGGGAAAAUUGGACUCCAAUAAGUUGGGGGUUCCAUCUGAGAAUGGUAAUAUUGUCAAAGAAGGAAAAUUGAACUUCAAAGGACUGAAGAAUAUUAUCAAAGAAGGAAAAUCCACUGGGGAGCAUAAUUUGAUGAUAAUGGAAAAACAACAUCAUGCUUCCAGUGGGACAAAAACAGAAGAAACUCUUAGUCAUUACAUUGGGUGCAAAGUUUUUUUGAUUUCUGAAAGCAAACAGAUAUUAUCAAGUCAUAUGGAAGGGAAGGAGGAUCACAUUUUUUUUGUUGAUGUCUUGGAGAAAAAGGAAGCUGAAACACUUUUCAAGAAAAUGGCUGGAGUUGAUUAUGGAAAUUCUGGAUUUGAAAAAUUAGCAGCUCAAAUUGCCAACAGGUGCAAUGGGUUGCCAAUGUCAAUAGUUACAACUGCAAAGGCAUUAAAAAAUCAGAGUCGCUCAGUAUGGGAAGAUGUUCAUCGAAAGCUUGAAUGGCAAAAGUUAACAGGAGCUCCUGAGUUUUCUACAAAGUUGAGCUAUGAUCUUUUAGAAAAUGAAGAACUCAAGUAUACUUUCUUACUCUGUGCUCGCAUGGGUCAUGAUGCACUAAUUGUGGACCUUGUGAAAUACUGCAUCGGUUUGGGUUUUCUUCAGGGAAUCUACACGGUAAGGGAAGUUAGAGAAAGAGUAUAUUCAUUGGUUGGAAAGCUAAAAGAGUCUGGUUUAUUGUCUGAUAGUUAUUCAAGUGAUCAUUUCACCAUGCAAGAUAUUGUUCGCAGUGCGGCUUUGUCAAUAGCAUCUAAGGAGAAUGAUGUAUUUACAAUGACAAAGAGAAAAAUAGAUGAAUGGCCUGAUAAACUUGAAAGGUAUGCUGCUAUUUCCUUGCAUCAUUGUGAUAUCAUUGAGGGCUUUCCUAGGAGAAUAAAUUGCCCAAGACUUAGACUCUUCCAUGUUGACAAUAAUGAUCCAAGUCUCAAAAUACCAGAAAACUUCUUUAAAGGAAUGAGAGAACUGAAAGUGUUGAUAUUAACUGGCUUUCAUCUAUCCCCCUUACCUUCAUCAAUUAGAUGCUUAACGAAACUCCGAAUGCUUUGUUUGGAGCAUUGUGUUUUAGGUAAGGACUUAUCCAUCAUAGGUGAGUUGAAAAAAUUAAGAAUUCUGAGUUUUUCAGGAUCUGAUGUUGAACAUUUGCCAUUUGAAUUGAAGCAGUUAACAAAGCUGCAAAUUUUUGACAUAAGUAAUUGCUCCAAACUUAGAGAAAUUCCACCUAAUGUAAUAUCAAGUUUGAUUAGUUUGGAAGAGUUACAUAUGAGAGACUCUUUAAUUCAAUCAAAGGAUGAAGAACAAACAGAUCAAAGUUUAUUUACUGUUCUAUCUGAGUUGAGGCUUCUACAUCAGUUGACAACUCUAGACAUACAAAUCCCGAAUACUGCCCAUUUGCCAAACAACUUGUUCUUUGACAAGUUGUACAAUUACAAGAUUGUUAUUGGAGAUAUGAAAGCAGAUUUAGAGAUCGAUUUCAAGAUGCCAGAGAAGCAUGAAACAUCAAGAUUUUUGGCAAUACAAUUAAAAGAUAGCUUUGACAUUCAUUCUCAAAUGGGUAUCAAAAUGUUGUUUGAUAGGGUUGAAAUUCUGUUGUUGGAAGAUCUUAAAGGUGUCCAAGACAUUUUUUAUUGUUUGAAUUUGAAAGGAUUUCCUUGUCUAAAACAUUUGUUGAUUGUAAGUAAUUCUAACAUUCAUUCUCUCAUCAAUCCAAAGGACAGGCAUCAUCCUGAGAGGGCGUUUCCCAAAUUAGAGUCACUGUAUCUCUAUGAUCUAAAAAAAUUGGAUAAAAUAUGCUUAUGUGAACUUUCAGAACCCUCCUUUGGUAAAUUGAAAGUCAUCAAGAUCAACCUAUGUGGUCAACUGAAGAAUGUCUUCUCAAAAUCUGUGGUUAAACUCUUAAUUGCUCUUGAGACAAUUGAAGUUUCUGAAUGUUCUAGUUUCCAAAUUAGAGAGAAUGGAAUUGUCCUCAAUCCAAAUCAGCAAAAUAUGGAGUGGCCAAUUACCUUUCCCAAGAUCCUAUCUUCAAAAUUUAACUCACUUGGAUGUGAAUGGUUGUUGGAAUUUAGAAUAUUUAAUAUCAUUUUCAAUGGCCAACAGUCUGGUGAAUCUUCAAAGCCUUUUCAUAAGGAUAUUUCGGAGUUUAUGCAACAUGAGGGUCACAAAUUGCAGGUCAUGAAUGCAAUAUUUGACAUUAAUGAUAAGAAACAAGAUGUUGUGGAUGUAAUAAACUUGCAAGAUGUUCAUAUAGAAACACUCCCAAAUUUGAAGCAUGUAUGGAAAUGGAACAAAGACCAAGAAGGGAUUCUAAAUUUGAACAAAUUACAAAAAAUAUGGGUUCAUGAUUGCAACAUGUUAGAAAAUAUAUUUCCUUUUGCAGUAGCCAAGCAUCUUAAUAAUCUUGAAUACCUUGUGGUAUCGGAUUGCAUUGGAUUAAGGGAAAUUGUUGCUGAGGGAGAAGCUACCAACACUAACACAACCAAUCCUAACCCAUCAUUUAAAUUUCCUAAACUGACUACUAUCAAAUUUUCGAAACUGCCAAAACUUGCAAGUUUCUAUCCAGGAGCAUUUGAAUUAUGUUUUCCAGCAUUGAAUGACUUGUCUAUUAAACUUUGUGACAAGCUGGAACCAUUCAGCAAAGAAACCACGCAUGCACAAAGAAAGCUCGUUCUGUUUCCGGAAAAGGUACCAGUAAUCAACAAGUUGAAGUCCAUGCAAAUUGAGUCAUGGCAUGCUAAGUCAUCAAGCAGUUACAUGGGGGAAGGGAACCAUCGAAGGGACAACUUAGAAGAGCUUUGUUUAUCAAGAUUAAUGAAUACUGAGAUUCUAUAUUCUUUCCUUCAUCGUAAUCCUAAUCUGGAAAGCCUAUCAUUGAAUAAUUGUUUCUUUAGAAACAUAAUGCCUCUCAGAAGACCUAUUGAAAUUGAAAACUUGGGGGUUGUUCCAAAGUUGAAAAGCUUGAAGUUAAUAGAUAUGCCUAAUCUUGAAAACUUAGGCUUUGAACCAAACAUAAUUCUUCAAAGGAUAGAGUUGAUGAUUUUAAAGAACUGUCCUUGUUUGGUCACUAUGGUGCCUUCCUCAGUGUCUCUAACUCACUUGACAAAUCUGGAAGUGGUCAACUGUAAUGGAUUAGAAAGUUUAAUGUCACCUUCAACUGCAAAAAGCUUGGGUCAACUCAGCACUUUGAAGGUAAUCAAUUGUGAAUCUCUGAAGGAAAUAAUAGGAGAUGAAGAUGAAAAUGCAGAAAAAGUUGAAAUUGUUUUUAAACAAUUGAAGGCCUUGGAACUUGUUUCACUAAAGAAUCUCAACAGUUUCUGUUGCUCUAAGAGUUGUGCCUUUGAGUUCCCCUCGUUGGAGAAAUUAGUAAAAUUUUUCGAAGGGAUGGAAGAGAUGAGUUUCUCUAAACAUCUUGAGCUACAAAAAGCCUGGCAAGAGGGAGUUGGUAUGCAAAACAGUUGGUUUUACAGUUUGAAGACUUUGAAGCUGGAGAACUGUGAAAUUCAACCAUGUGCAAUUCCAUCCAAUAUUCUUCCUUAUUUAAAGAGCUUAAAAGAAUUGGAAAAAUUGACUUUACAAGGGUUAUCAGAGCUGACACAUGUGUGGGAAAAGAAUGGUCAAGGAACUCUUAGCUUUCAAAAUCUGCAGGUAGUCUUUGUUAUUGAUUGUGAAAACCUGCAAAAUCUGUUUCCUGUGGUCCUGGCAAAAAAUCUUAAGAAGCUUGACAAAAUUAAAAUAGAAAAUUGUGAUGGAUUGCUUGAAAUUGUUGGAAAGGAAGAAGACACAGCGUUGGGCAUAACAGAGAAGUUUGUGUUCCCUUGUUUAACAUGUCUGAACCUUUAUGUCUUGCCACAACUCACUUACUUUUACCCUGGAACAUUCAUACUGGAAUGCCCCACAUUAUAUAGAUUAUCUGUGUGGCGUUGUCUUAAAUUGAAGCUAUUUGAAAAUGCACAACUUGAGGGUGAGGGUAAUAAUAAUUCAAUUAAUGGACAAUUCCUUUUCCCGGAUGUAAAGGCCAUUUCCAACUUUGAAGAAUUGAUACUCAGUUGGAAACACAUUUCAGCAUUGAGAUUAAGGGUACGGCAACUUACAGAAGACCUCAAAUAUUUAAGUUAUCUUUGCUUGUUCUUUGAUGUCAAUGUGAAUGAGAAGCCUAUUUUACCCAUUGAAAUACUUGAGAAGGCACCCAAUUUACAAAAAUUAAGUAUAGCAUUUUGCAAUAGCCCAGAGAUAUUCCUCACUCAAAACCACGAAUUUGGUGAAAAUGGGAUGCUUGGACACUUAAAGAUAUUGACACUGGUCAAAGUAUCGAAGCUCCAGUCAUUUGGGUCUGAGGGUUCACCAUGGUUAAACACAAUCUGUGAGAAGCUCAAUGAGUUAAAUAUUUCCGGAUGUCCUAAUUUGACAACUUUAGUACAUUCUACUUCUGAUGUUCCUUUCUCCUAUCUUAAAAAAUUGUAUAUAUCUGAUUGCAAUGAAUUGGGGUAUUUAUUCACAUCCUCUGCAGCAAAAAUGCUAAUGCAUCUUGAGGAGAUCACAAUCAAGGAAUGUGAAUCAAUGAAAAAAAUUCUGGAAAAGGAGCAAGAGGAAACAACUUUAGAAGGGAUCAAAUUUGAGCGACUACAUCACAUAGAUCUAAAUACUUUACCAAACUUGGAAUGUUUUUAUUCAGGCACUGACACUUUGCACUUGCCAUCUCUUGUACAAGUGGACAUUGGCAAUGCCCCAAGAUGA